AAGUGUUUGUAUGGCGGAGACGUAGAUAACGGUCACGUGCGUGGUUGCCUGCUGGGAUUCUACAGACUCCACUCGCGCUCUUGUGUGGACUAUCAGACUGUUAUUUACCGCAAUUACAUCCAACUUGCCGACAGCAACCGCUCGAGUAAGACCAGCUGCAUCUACAAAGUCAGGCACGCUGCGCGGUAUGACUCCUACAACGUUCGAGGAGGCCGAAGACAGUCCUGACGAGCUGCGGGCGCGGUCGAGGGCCGCCACGAGCUCGAAGGCGACGCACCCGCGAUGGCGGUUAUUCUCCACGUUUUGGAUCUACGGGCUGAUCAACAACGUGCUCUAUGUGAUUAUUCUGUCUGCGGCCGUGGACUUAGUAGGCGCGGAGGUGCCGAAGGGAGUCGUGCUGCUCGCGGACGUGAUGCCUUCGUUCUUCGUCAAGCUCACGGCGCCGUUCUUUGUCCAUCUGAUACCCUACGGCGUGCGCGUGUGGAUGCUCGUCGCGCUGUCGCUGGUCGGCAUGCAGUGCGUCGCGCUCGCGAGCUCGAUUCCGACGCGCCUGUUUGGCGUCGUGCUGGCGUCGAUGUCCUCCGGUCUCGGCGAGCUCACGUUUCUCCAGCUCACGCAUUUCUACGACCCAAUCUCGAUGCUCGCGUUCAGCUCCGGCACGGGCGGCGCGGGGCUCGCGGGUAGCUUCUUGUAUCUCGUCGCGACCACCUGGCUUCGCCUGUCCAUCCGCGGCACGAUCUUUGCCUCGAGUUUGCUCCCGCUGAUUUUCUUCGUGGCGUACUACAGCAUCAUGCCCGCGCCAGAUCCGCUCCUGGCAUCGCAGUCGAGCUCGUUCGCCCCGCGCACGGCUCGAUACACCCCUCUCGGCACCGACGACGAGGAGUCUGUGAUUGCUGCUGCUGCUGCGCCAGAGGACUCUGACCGCGGCUCGAUCCGCAGCCGGAUCAGUUUCCCGCGCACGAUGCCCUCGUGGAACCAGAUGGUGGACUCGUCGGGGCAGACGCUGCAGCGGCUUGCGCCGCUGUUUGUGCCGUAUAUGCUGCCUUUGAUGUUGGUGUAUAUCGGGGAGUAUAUCAUCAACCAGGGGAUCUCGCCUACCUUGCUGUUUCCGAUCGAGGAGAUGCCGUUUGAGGAGUAUCGCGAUGCUUAUGUUACCUAUGGCUCGCUUUAUCAACUCGGAGUAUUCAUCUCCCGCUCUUCGUCGGCGUUCGUUCGCGUCCGCAGACUAUACAUCCCAGCAAUCCUCCAACUAAUCAACGUCGUCAUCCUCAUCAUCCAAUCGAUGUACGUCAUAAUCCCCAACGUCUACCUAAUCAUGCUCCUCGUCUUCUACGAAGGCCUCCUCGGCGGCGCAUCCUACGUCAACACCUUCCUCCUCGUCUCCGAGACCGUGCCGCUCGAAGAGCGCGAGUUCGCGAUGGGCGCCGUCGGGGUCUCGGAUUCGGGCGGCAUCGUCGUCGCGGGCACGAUCUGUCUUUAUCUCGAGACGUUUUUGUGUAAUUACCAAAAGGCGCAUGGAAGACCUUAUUGUGGGAUGACUUGAGCUUUUUUUUUAAUUGUCGUUGUUGUUGUUGUUGCAUCUUUGGUGUUUGUUUUGACUAGUGGCGCUUGGAAGAUGCUUUUGUGUAGAUGCUGCUAUGUAGAUUGAUUUAAUAAUUAGAU